CUCUGCAUUCAGUCGUCCUUCGCAACCCCCUACAGCAAAAACCAAAUCUCCGAUAAAGUAAUGGCAAAACCACUUGGACUAUAAAAGACAACAAAUCAUAUUCCUCCGGAGUAUACGCGGUUGUCCAUCCAAUGAGUUCCUAUUUUGUUAACUCAACUUUUCCCGUGUCUCUAUCGGGCGGACAGGACUCUCUCCUGGGUCAGAUACCGCUCUAUUCGUCUGGAUACACCGAUCCUUUAAGACACUAUUCCAAUGCAGCCACUUAUGGAGCGGCCAACAUGCAGGACAAGGUGUAUCCUACCGCCGCGUCCUACUACCAACAGAGCAGCGCCGCGGCCGCCGCCGCCCUCUACGGCCGCGCCAACGGCGGCGCGCCCUGCGACUUUAACACCGUCGGUACUUUCUACAAGGACAGUGAGGGCUCGUGCGCCUUCGCCAAUCGGGAAGACCAGCCGCUGUUUGUAACUCAGGACCACCACCGCAAGACAGAGUGCCCGGAGCAGAGUGUCAGCAUGAGCAGCAGCCUGGACGACAAGUCUUCCCUGAUUUAUCCCUGGAUGCAAAGGAUGAACGCCUGUUCCGCCGGUACGUUUGGCAGCACGGGCCGAAGGGGCCGGCAGACCUACACCCGCUACCAGACCCUGGAGCUGGAGAAGGAGUUCCACUUCAACCGCUACCUCACGCGGCGGCGGCGCAUCGAGAUCUCGCACGCGCUGUGCCUCACGGAGCGCCAGAUCAAGAUCUGGUUCCAGAACCGCCGCAUGAAGUGGAAGAAGGAGAACAAACUGCUCAAUCCCGCCAAGCCCAGUGAGGAGGAGGAGGAGGAAGAGACGGAGAAAAACAAGCCCAGCUGA